GCAGAUUUUUUGUACACAUAUUUAAUACGAUAUCUGCUGAUAAAGUUUCAUAUGUUUACGACACUUCAAGCGAGUGACAACUAUAUUCAGUCGUACAAUGGCUAACGAAGGUAUCCCAUCGAAUGAGGUUGAGGCGUUAUGUAAAGCUCCUCUCCCCUUUACCAAGGGUUUCAUGUGUCAACAAACAAUGUACCGUGUAAAGGAUCCGAGAAAGUCACUACCCUUUUAUACUGAAGUUCUAGGAAUGACUUUACUUGAGCAGAUUCACGUCCCUGCGAGGAAAUACUCAAUUUUCUUCCUCGGCCAUGAAAACCCUGAAGAUGUACCAGAAGAUCGCAAGGAGAGAAUUGUUUGGAUGAUGUCCAGGAAAGGAAUAUUGGAAUUGACACAUAACUGGGGCACUGAGAACGAUGAUUCUAGCUAUCACCAUGGUAACACGGAGCCACAAGGAUUCGGACAUAUUGGAAUUGUUGUUCCUAGUCUUAAGGACGCUUGUGCUAAAUUCGAUGAGCUGGGAGUUAAGUUCGUAAGAAGACCUGAGGAGUUUUCAGCUAAAGGUCUAGCUUUUAUUGCGGAUCCUGACGGUUAUUGGAUAGAACUACUUGAUGCUAGUGAAAUUUUGAAGAAUUGAAUUGUAGAACAUUCCAGAUUCUAGAUUAUUUGGUAAGAAUUAAAACUCUGUGUAUAAUAUCUGCUGCAGUUAUAGAUGUUUAUUGCUCACUGAGUGAACCUUUAGUGUAGGUUUAAUUUGAAAAAUCUCCACUAAGGGAACAACCGCUCGAUUUGUGAAAAGAAAUAUAAUUCAUUUUAGAAAUGUUAAAGA